AUGAGUGGGUUCGAGCGCAUCUUAGCGCGUGUCGGCGGCGACGCCUUACGUUCGUAUUGCUCGUCUGCCAUUGAAGAUGAGCUACACAACUUACAGAAGUGUAUGCAGACGUGUUUAGAUAAAGCCGAGCAGAUAGUGAAGGUCCAGGAAGCCGUAGCCAAGUUGAACGUGCCGCUCAGUCGGGAGAACGCCGCGACUUCUGCUGACAUUAAGCGCAAGUACGCGACAUUCAGCUCCGAUCUCCAGAACUUUGUGGAGGAGCAACGUAAGCUUCAGGCAGAAGCAGUUGAUGUCAUUUCCGAUGUACAGCAGAAGCAGAAUGAGCAGCAGAGUCGGGAACGUGUCGCCAAGUUGUUGAGUAAGAUUCAGCAUCGGAUUACACGCAAGCGCAGCGAUGCGUGGAUCGAAAAGAACCUUACAGAUGUAGACAUUGUUGCGGACAUUAUCAGAGAUGACGAGUUGGCAGGGCAGGACAAGACACUACGAAAAGAGUUGGUACUAGUGCUGGAUCACUUGAUCUCUGCUGUGCUAUUGAGUCCGUUGACGACUCAAUUGACAUUGCAAAAGAUGGACACAGUACUGAAGAGACUGGCGGGUAGAUACGGUGAUAUUGACGAGUAUAUUACGUCUUCCAGUGAGUUGUUGACCAAGAAACUACCGACAUAUGCUCUACAGUAUAAAGAGGGCACAAGUAAUACGGACUCGAACAAUAUUGUUGAUGCAGUGGAGGAGCCGCAAGUAAAAAGACAGCGAGUAGAGGCUGUUCCUGCUCCUCACUCCGAUAUAUUGGUCAAGGUGGAGCGUACUGCAGCAUUUGUUGCAGCAGCAGAAGCUGCAGGCACCGACGCGACGUACGAGGUCUUUGUAUCAGACCUGCCGUGGGGAACCACGAGCGAAGCUGAUGUGGCAUCGUAUUUUGGUAUUGCUGGCGCAGUCGUGUCGGUGCAGAUUCCUACGAUGGCGGAUGGAAGCACUGUAGGUGUAGCAGUUGUGCGUUUUGCAGCGUUGGAGGGAAUGACAUCGGCUUUGCGAAUGGAUGGCUAUCCCUUUCAGGGCAAAAACAUCCACGUGGCUGUACACAAGUCCAAUUGA